UUGAACAAUUGAAAGAACACAAUACAUUCGUUUUGACUGAAUGUCAGUUUUCAUACUGUUGAGUUGAGUGUAGUAAUUUCAUUUUGGUCUCAAAGUCUCUUGAGCUCGAUUCUAAUGAUGAGAUAAGUGUGUAUUGUGAGAAAAAAAGGGCAAAUGAUUAUUUGAUAGGAUAUAAAUGUUUGUGUUACUUGCAAACAGUCCGUAUUUCAUCAGAUUGUGAUAGUAUCGAUACGAAAAUUCACAAGAGUGUCUUCAAUGGUGCAAUAUUUUUUACGAUCUCGUGAAAGAAGCGAAGCGAUUGGAUUCGAAGUGUCGGUUCUUGAAUUUCGUUUUGUGUCUUCGAAUGUGUGUUGUACGGCAAUUUAGUUGAAUAUAUUAUUUUAAAUAGAGUUAUAAAAAAAAUUACGUUACACUGGCCUACAUUGGGCAAUCGGAUUAAACAAUUUGGGCAAUUUAUCAGAUCGUAAAGUGUGUUAUUGUUGUAUGCAUACAUUAAGAUCAAGAAAUAUUGAAUAAUGGCGAAAGUUUGGUCAUAUUUUUUUGUUAUGCUUUGGAUGCUUCUCAUCAUAUCAAGUGGCAUCUAUUUAUUUGCACGUGGUUUCUUACUAUCACGACAUGUUCGCACCGAACACAAUGAGUGCACACGGCUGAAAGCAUGCGAAUCAGAUAAGGCAGACGAUCUAAAUUGUUUGAGCGCACCUAAGGUUGAUGAGAUUUUCACCGAUGUCAACUCAUCAUCGGAGUACUGUUUACCGACCAAAACACGGGUCAUUUUAGUCGUCAUCGAUGCAUUGAAAUAUGAAUUUGGCUUAUUUGAUAAGGAUAAAGAGAAUGUAAAUCCAUAUGAAAACAAAUUGCCAGUCUUUAAUCAAAUGCUAACAAAAUACCCGCAUAAUACUCGAUUCAUGAAAUUGGUGGCCGAUGCACCAACAACGACACUACAGCGAUUAAAAGGCAUUACAACCGGCAGUUUGCCAACUUUUAUAGAUGUUGGCUCAAAUUUUGCGACCGUCGAAAUUAAUGAAGACAACAUCAUUGAUCAGAUUAAUCGAAGUAACAUGUCAACCGUUUUUCUGGGUGAUAGUACGUGGACAGAUUUGUAUCCAAAACGAUUUUUACGUCAGUAUUCUUAUCCAAGUUUUGAUAUAUUUGAUUUGGAUACGGUUGAUAGAGCCAUCAAUCAGGUGCUACCGAAAGAAUUAAAACAAAACGAUUGGUCACUACUCGUUGCACAUUAUUUGGGUGUUGAUCAUUGUGGCCAUAAAUUUGGUCCAAUGCAUUCGGAAAUGGCACGAAAAUUGACUGAAAUGAAUUCCGUAAUUGAAAAGAUUAUUGAACAAAUGGAUGAUGAAACGACUCUUUUUGUGAUUGGUGACCAUGGAAUGACCAAUACCGGUGACCAUGGUGGUGACUCUGCAGAUGAAGUUAACUCAUUGAUUUUCACCUAUUCGAAAAAGUAUAAUUUCAUAGCCGAAAGCGGAAACAAUACAAUGGAUCAGAUUGAUUUACCACCGACCAUAGCUACAAUAUUGGGUGUGCCAAUUCCAUUUUCAAAUUUAGGAUCAACCAAUUUUGAUAUUGUCCCCGAUGUGCCGAUUCCAAAUAUGAAUAAAUUCCAAGCUCAAUUACUACACACCUGGCAGAAUACAAAACAAAUGCACAUUUAUUUUCAGAAAUAUGUGGGCCAAGAGGAUGGUGAAAUACCAAUCAAACUCAUUGAAAGCUAUAUGUCACAAUUUCAUAUAUUUUCACUGCGUAUCGCUGCCCUAUACAAAGACGAUGCAAUGGAUAGCUUUUGUCAAGAUGUUCGAAAUUAUUUGAAAAUAAUUGCAAACGAUUGUCGAGGGAUUUGGGCACAAUUUGAUGCAAAUUUGAUAUCGCAUGGUCUCAUUUUGACGUCAGUAACAACAUUCUUUGUAUUUUUGGUCACAACAAAUUUGAAAUUCAAUCAAUUUGAAAUCAUUUUUACGGAAUACAAUUUGAUGAUAAUAUAUAUGAGCAGUAUUUUGGUAGCCAUUGGAACGCCAAUCGUACACUAUGUACUUGAAUGGGAUUAUAGUAUAAUCGAUGUGCUUCGAUAUACAGGUAUUUAUGGUGUAGCAUUGCUAGCAUUUCUACUCGUCCAAAAUUGGGAAUUCAUAGCGGCCAAUUGGAGUACACAACAGCACUUUUGCAAUUUAUUCACACGCUCAAUAUUCAUAGUCGCUGUUAGCACAUUCUUUUCGAACAGCUUUAUCAUUCACGAACAAAAAAUUCUCUGUUAUCUGGUAUGCGGUGCGUUGGCCGUCUUUUUGUACAAAGUUCGAAAGGAGUAUGUUUGGUUGGCAAGUCUACGCAAACUACGGCCCGAAUUCAUAUUUCAUUCAUCAUUUUUCAAAUUGGCUGCAUUGACAACAAUGGGCAUGUUACUAUUGAGAUCAUCAUAUAAUUUGCAUCUAUGCCGCGAAGAACAAGGAAACUGUAACGAUUUCAAAAUGGAAACAGCCAAAUUACAAAAUACACGAUACAAACCACAAAAAAUGAUUGGUAGUGCAGGUACCGCAGCCACAAUAAUCAACUGGAUCGAUUUGUUACCAAUUUUAAUAUUGGCUAUGUUUGCCGCAUUUUCACGCUUAUUUUUACGAAAAUGUGGUAAUCUCAGUGGCUAUUCACCACACGUACUCUUGGCUAGAUAUGGACCAAUUGUUGCUGCUGUUGCAUGUAGUUUACAUUUUGUUGCCACACUAUCUGCACAAUGGCUUCGAGACGCUUAUCAAGUUCGCAUCGAUUCAUUGGCUUGGAUUGUUUAUACCAUGUUCAUUACACAAAUUAUGAUUGUCAUUACACGGCCAUUAAUGUUAUUCAUUCUACAAAAACCAAAUCGAACAUUUAAUUAUUCGCCAUUUGGUUGUGUUGUUCCGCAAAUCGUCAUGAAAAUGAAGCAAAUGUAUGAAAAUUCUGGUAACGCUGAGGAUGAAACAACAAAUGAUGAUAUUCCAAUCGUAUAUGGUUUGGCAACCGUAUAUUCGUCCGUAUUAUGUUCGAUUGGUGUUGGUUUCACAUUUGUGCUUGCACUUUUACUUGGUCCGAAGGCGUCAACCGGCAUUUUUAUCAUACUAAUCGCAGCUGCACUCAUCUUAGUAUUAAAUUCAAUUCAUCGAUAUCAACGUUGCACUCGACUCGCAUUCUGUUUGCAGCCGGAAGUGAUUGCUCUAGUCGCGUGGCAUUUAUUAGCACACUAUAGUUUUUAUGCAACCGCACAUCAACCAACUCUGUCACAAAUCAAUUGGCAUGCUGCAUUUGUGGGUCGAACGGCAUUAUACGAUCACAACAAUGUCACAUCAGCUAUUUUGAUAUUGAUUAACACUUUUGGUGGUCAAUUUUUGAUUUCUGUAUUGUAUCCAUUGAUGGUGAUCGCACCAAAUGCAAUCUACACAAUUUAUCCAUCGUUGGCACCAAGACGCACAUCGAAAAUGGUCAUUAAAAACCAAAAUGGCACAAAACAACGUGAAAUUUUUAAGAAAAUCAACAAUAAUUUGGAUAACGGUGCGGUUAACGUGACCACAUUUGCUGGCCUUGACAGUGAAAAUGAGAACUUGGACAUACCACAUGGUGAAUUGGCGCUGUACGAACACGAGGAUCUAUUCUUUGGCCAAUUGUACAAGACGGGAACACAAUUGAUAAUAUUGCAGGCAAUACGGAUCUUUUGUUCGAUGCUUGCGUGCACCAUCCAUUGCCGUCAUUUAAUGGUGUGGAAAAUAUUUGCGCCGCGUUUUAUAUUCGAAGGAAUUGCAACGUUUGUUGUAUUCGGUGCGAUACUCAUCGGAUUUUUAGUUAUAAUACGAAUACACAAAGCUGUCAGUCAUUUAAUAACGGUCAUGAGCGAUGCCAAUCGAUGAAUCAACUCAAAUUCUUCGAUCUAUUCGAAAAUUCUUAAGUAACGUACAAUUUAUAUGCAGCGACAGAACUAUGCGCUUCAGUUGUUUAUUUUCUAGAAUAUUAUUGAUUUUGUUUCUCUUUUUUCGUCCAAUUAUUUAAGUAGAUUUAAAAACUUUGAAACCAACAUGUUUAAAUUAUUAUAGUCAAUAAGAGCAGUAUUAUAGUAAAAUCAACACUUUUGCAACAAACAAAAAAAAAAAAUAAAGAAAGAAAUGAUACAAAAUAACAAUGUGUCAAUCUCAUUCUAAUGAUUUUUUUUUCAUAUUUGUCUUUG